CCUUCUCUCGAACGUCGUCUUAUUUUUCCUAGAAUCAGGCCAAAAUAAAACAGGAGAGAAAACCCCAAUCCCGUUCAAAUACCUCAUCCUCCCCGUCAACCACCAACUGCUGCUAACUGUACUCGCCCUCUCUAAAUACUGUCCCGCUCUCCCUCCUCUGGCCCAACCUCCCGUCCUGUGCAGUCCGCGUAUCCGGCCCAUCCAGUCCUCGCCCGAGUCUUCGUCCAAGAUGUCUACGGAAAAACCCCUCCCCUUCAUCUACCAGUUCACCGCAGGCGCCGUCGCGGGCGUCUCGGAGAUUCUGACCAUGUACCCCCUCGACGUGGUGAAGACCCGAGUACAACUCCAGACUGGCAAGGGCACGGGCGCGGACUCGUACAACGGCAUGUUGGACUGUUUCCAGAAGAUUGUUCGCAACGAAGGGUUUUCGAGGUUAUAUAGAGGCAUAACUGCCCCUAUCCUGAUGGAGGCUCCGAAGCGGGCCACCAAGUUCGCGGCGAACGACGAGUGGGGAAAGUUCUACCGCAGCGUCUUUGGUGUCGAUAAGAUGAACCAGUCGCUCUCGAUCCUAACUGGCGCGUCGGCCGGAGCCACCGAGUCCUUCGUCGUCGUACCGUUCGAGCUGGUUAAGAUUCGGCUUCAAGACAAGGCCUCGGCCGGGAAAUACACCGGCAUGAUUGAUGUUGUCUCCAAGACCAUCAGGAACGAGGGCGUCCUGGCCAUGUAUAACGGCCUCGAGAGCACCUUGUGGCGUCAUAUACUGUGGAAUGCUGGCUACUUCGGCUGCAUCUUCCAGGUUCGCGAGCUCCUGCCGGAGGCUACCACGAAGAGGGGGAAGAUUACUAACGACCUAAUCUCCGGCUCCAUCGGCGGAACUGUCGGCACGAUAAUUAACACCCCUAUGGAUGUCGUCAAGUCGCGGAUCCAAAACAGCCCCAAGGUCGCCGGCCAGGUCCCCAAGUAUAAUUGGGCUUGGGGUGCCUGUGCAACGGUGAUGAGAGAAGAGGGCUUCGGUGCCCUUUACAAGGGCUUCCUGCCCAAGGUCCUAAGACUAGGGCCAGGUGGAGGAAUCUUGCUCGUGGUUUUCACAGGCGUAAUGGACUUCUUCCGCUCGGUGAGAGCAUCAUAGAAUUCAGCGGCACGCAAGGCGAGAAUACUUAACCUUGAUACUUCAAAGUACACCAGCAGUUUGUUUAUUAGCGCACGAAACUGCCUGCGUAGAUACAGAUACAUAACACAC